AUGGAAGAGCAAGAUGAUUAUGUGCACCUCGCCCGGGUUGCUGAAGAAUUUUGGGCUCGGAAGAACUACAAGAGCGCACUUGCCUGCUACACGAUUGCACGUUUGGCCUUCGUGAAAAUCUAUCCCGAAAGACCAGCAGAUACCGAUCUCUUGGGCCUCAAAGAUGGAGCGGCGCGAUGUUUCGAGCAUCUAAGCGAUCUCAGCGAUCCCACCGAUUUCAGCAAGUUCAGCAAUCUCAAGGAAUGCAUUAAGCUGGAUUUUGAAGUUCUGAGCGAGAAAGAGAAGUUCCUUGAUUCUACCGACGAGGAGCUUCUUAUUUUACGAGAGACACUUGCCGAUAAUAAUACGAAGCUAGGCAAUCACGAGGCGGCAUUAUCAUUACUGCGUACUAACUUGAAGAUACUCGAAUGUCGGGAAUAUGGCUUAGAACACGAAUGGACCUUGCAGACCAGCUAUAGGGUUGGAGUCGAAUUGUCGUCAUUGGGUGAACACCAACAGGCAUUAAUUUUGCUGGAGAACACUUUGUUUGUGAUGACUACAAAUGAUUUUCCGCAAGAACAGCAAGAGAUGGUGAGGGAGGCUAUUUACGGGGCUCAAGAGUCCACCACGAAAGCCGUGGCGAACGAAGCGAGGAAGGAUGCGAUCCCUUCCAAUCAAUACUCAAGCACGACUGAUUUGAAGCCACGCACACCUUCAGAGCACCAGAAAGUGAUUUUGGACGCGCUCCAGCCUACCUCAGCGACCUCUGAUGAGACCGCUAUGACUCCUUUACUGUCGGAGAAGAAGGAGAGCUCUCAAAGGCUAGUUGGGGGCCCUUUCGUUGCAACAUUCUAG